AUGGCAGACGAAGAUCAAGAUGAAAUAGACUUCUCUAAAUCAGCCUAUAUCUAACUAAAACCUUUUAUUAAGCAAGAAUAUUUAGCUUAAAUUAAAUUUUCGCUUCUGAUUAUUUGAAUGGAAAUUGUUUAAAGAAAUUUUUAAUAUAUGAUAUUUUGAAAAAAUUAACCCCCUUCCUAUCCAUAGCAAAAAACUCUACUCACUAAUGCAGGGCGAGUAAGAUGAAAAAGAAGAAAAAGCCAAAGGCAGGCCCAACACCUGCAAAGAAAGAAAUUAACCAAGCGCAAGAUGCUGACAACAAAUAUGAUGAAAUGCUAACACGCAUUUUUGAGAGGCUAAGAAAAACAAAAGGAGGUGGUGGGAGUACCGACAACCAGCGCUGUAUUGUUAAACAGCCAGAAGUAGUCAGAAUCGGCUCAAAAAAAACAGGCUGGGUGAAUUUUCAAGAUAUUUGUGAUAUGCUUAAGCGUCCUUCAGACCAUAUGUCACGAUUUUUCUUUGUGGAACUUGGCACUGAUGGCAGCAUAACCCAAGACCUGCAGCUCAUAUUUAAAGGUAGGUACCUUGAAAAACAAAUUGAGUUUCUUUUGAAAAAGUAUUCCUACUCAUAAAGAUUCCUUUUUUAGUUCAUAACUCCCCAAAAUAGAAUUUAGGUUAGGCUUUAUGCAAUAAAUAUACUUUUUAAGUGCUAUACUUAUUUGCUUGGUCUACAUUACUGAGUAUGUGCUAUGCCAGAAUUGUAAGAGCAUGCAAACAAUUCUUACCAGAGAUUCCAGCAUCAGAAUGUUUACUAUGAAGUGUGAAAAAUGCGAAUGCACUCGAAGCGUUCAACAGAUCAAAGAAGGGUACCACCAUCAGACCAAAGCAGACAGGAAGAAAGCUAAAAUGGCUAAUUAA